AUGGCCCCUCCACAAUACAUUAUCAACGCUCAUGUUUUUGGCGAGACAUAUGAUAACGAAGAAGUUGGUUUUCUAUUUAGAAACACCGAGGUUAAACGAUUUUGUUUAAGCAGAAAAGCAAAUUUCAAUUACUUCAAACAGAGAUUAGAGACGAAGCUUGCAUUGGGUGAUGUAUCCCAAAUUUUUUACCAAUAUCGAUUUCUUCGUGGGGACAACCCGGUCAAGUUUAUCCAAGUUGAGAUCAAAGACGAUGAAGACAUGCAGAAUAUGUUUGCCAAUCAUGAGUAUUCUGGUUACGAAUGCAUAGAACUGUAUGUUACUCUACCAGAAGUUCAACCCACACAGAUGGUUGAGUCACAGGUCAUUGAUGCACUUGGAGGCGAGCAAGCAGAGGUCGACGUUGUAGAUGAAGAAGAAGAAGCACCAGAAAUAGAAAUUGAUAACCUGGUAAACGAGGAAAGUGAAGAUGAACCGGAAGUUGUUGUACCACGAGAUCAAGUGCAUAUGCCUCCAGUGCACAUGAGGAACUUGAAUUUUGAUGGGGAUGACGAACCAUCGACUGAUAUUUUCUAUGAUCCAUACACCCAAACAGAUCAACGGUUAAAAGUAGGAGACAGAUUUCGUUCUAAGGAGGCAUGCAUCAUGGCCAUAAAAAGAUUUCAUAUGGCAAACAAUGUUGAUUUUAGAGUUGAUCGCGCCAAUGUCGAAAGGUACAAAAUUUACUGUAAAAACACUGAUUGUGGAUUCAGGUUGCAUGCAUCAUACAGGAAGAGAAGUGACUCAUGGGUUAUAGGAUAUAUUUCCCAAGAUCACACAUGUGUUAACACAAAUGUUUCACAAGAUCACCGUAAGCUAAGUUAUGACAUCAUUUGUCAAGAAAUCUUGCCUCUAGUUGAAAAAGAUCCAUCGUUAAAGAGACCCUUCCGGCGCAAUCUCCAGACGGAACAUCACUUCAAGGAAAUGUGA